AUGGGCAAAGUGACGACCUUCUGCAUAAUCUCUGGCCGCACACCUGAGAUGGCUGGAAACCUCCGCAAUCUGUUCAAGUAUAUGUACUUCCGAAAUAGUGAUGCUCCAAAGCCUGGUGAGCUUGUCCUGCAGGCGCUUAACGAGCUCGCGGAUGCGGAGGGGUUGGGUGUUGGAGAUGAGGAUGUCACCCUUAUCGGCCUCCCGCGCGAAGAUGCGCUCCACAUCCCGAAGCACCAGAUCCACGUCGUGCCGCACUGCUCGAUGAGCGAACAGUAUCUCUGGGACCUGGGCUUCGCCAACGGCCCCAAGUGCCGCGCUCAGAACGGGGAGGAAGUCACACCCAACUUCCUUGUUUCCUUCGGCCCUAUUAUUAUGGUGCAGACCUCUGGUCUCCCGAUUCUGCACCUUGCGACGUGCGGACGCGUCUCGCCUCUCCGCCUGUGGACCCUCGCGAUGCAUCUAGGGUGGUCAAAGCCACAUAAUGACUAUGGGCUGCCGGGGGUGGACUAUGGCGAGGUGGGUAUACAUAGAGAGCAAGACCCGCCACCAAUACCGUACAUGGAGGAGCAUGAAGUGGUUGCGCUUGAGGAGCUUGGUAACGUCGAGGCAAUUCAGGAGACAGUUGCGCAACUAGGAGGGUUUUGGGUGUGGAUGAGACCCGAUAGAUUCCCUUUGGAUGCUCCCUCUGUACAUGAUUCGACACCUCACUCUGGAGGACAUUCAUCACCCUCACUUCUCUCCGGGCGCCAAGCUGUUAAGAAGCUCCCCUUCGAGCUCUUCUGUAUGAUCGCUCUCGAAGGCCCACUACCAUCCAUGAUCUCACUCGCAGCAACGUCGCGUUUCAUGCAUUCUAUCUUACUCGGGUCGACGGCUGACCGGAACACGCUUGCUGCAGCAUGGCUUCAGACACGCGCACCGUGGUACAUUCCCUCCACACCGGAUGUCGAAGGCGCCCAACUGGAGAUGCACAAGCUUCACGAGGGGGGCGCUUGGGAAUACCUACGGCGAUGUCAUCUUAGCGCGUCUAUGCGGAAUCGGAGGCGUAUUUGGCAGGUUGCAGAGCGGAUCGAGCGGCUUGCAGACGCAUAUCAGAUUUAG